GGAAUCCGACCGAGCUUUCCCAAUCAAGCCUUAGGGGGUUAUUCUCACUACAGCCAUCUUCAUCAGCAUCACUGAUAGACACUUCACAUUCACACCUGAAUUGAAGGAUUCUUCUCAAGUCUUGACUUCUUUUGGAUUCCCUAAGAUCUUUUCAGUCUUGAACUCCUUCUUGCUCUUCUCAAUUAACCCAUUUGAAUCCCUCUGCAUUUCGGUACUUACUUCAAAGACUAAUUGCCUUUUUGGCUCGUUCAAAUUUCACUUAAUCUUGUGGUAAUUUAAUUCUAAACUCGGGCUUUUGUUUUCCCCCCCUUCAGUUGGUGAAUGCAAGUGUGAGCUGCCAUGGAAGAGGAGAAUGAUACAGAGCUGCUGCAAAGAUUCCGGCGAGACAGGCGGAUACUCUUGAAUUUUAUACUUUCAGGAAGCUUAAUCAAGAAGGUGGUAAUGCCUCCCGGGGCUGUUUCCUUGGAUGACGUGGAUCUUGAUCAAGUGAGCGUUGAUUUCGUCCUCAAUUGCGCAAGAAAAGGUGGACUCCUUGAACUAUCUGAAGCUAUUAGAGAUUACCAUGACAGCACUCUGUUCCCUCAUAUGAGUAAUGCAGGUUCAACUGAUGAAUUCUUUCUAGCUACAAAUCCUGAAUUAUCGGGUUCGCCUCCAAGAAGGUUACCCCCUCUUGUCCCUGUUGCCACGCCAUUACCAAAUUUGGCAACACUGUCAACGUCAGAGUCCGUUGAUACUGAACCAUUUGAAGAGCCGUCUAGUCUAUCCAAAUCCAUGUCUCUCAAUUCCACACAACAACAAGAGUUGACAGUUGAUGACAUUGAGGAUUUUGAUGACUUUGACGAUCUAGAUGAAGUUGACAAUAGAAGGUAUUCAAGAAGAGUUCUCAAUGAUGCUUCUGAUCUUGUGCUUGGAUUGCCUUCAUUUGCCACCGGUGUUGGCGAUGAUGACCUCCGUGAAACAGCAUAUGAGAUCCUCCUGGCUGCUGCAGGAGCUUCAGGGGGCCUUAUUGUACCAUCAAAGGACAAAAAGAAGGAGAAGAAAUCUAUAUUGAUGAGGAAGCUGGGCCGGAGUAAGAGUGAAAAUGUAAUGACCCAGUCCCAGCAUUUAUCUGGACUGGUCAGUUUGUUGGAGACGAUGCGUGUCCAGAUGGAGAUUUCUGAGGCCAUGGAUGUCAGGACAAGACUUGGGCUCCUUAAUGCGAUGAUCGGAAAAGUGGGUAAAAGGAUGGAUACAAUCUUGAUCCCAUUGGAAUUGUUAUGUUGUAUUUCACGAACCGAGUUUUCCGACAAGAAGUCGUAUAUCAAGUGGCAAAAAAGACAAUUAAACAUGUUGGAGGAGGGGCUCAUAAAUUAUCCUGCUGUAGGAUUUGGGGAAUCUGGGCGAAAAGCAAAUGAGCUAAGGGUUCUUUUGGCUAAGAUUGAGGAAUCUGAGUCUUUUCCUCCUCCUGCGGCUGAGCUGCAAAGGACAGAAUGUUUAAAAUCGUUGAGAGAGAUUGCUAAUCCACUGGCAGAAAGGCCAGCUCGAGGUGACUUAACUGGUGAAGUAUGCCACUGGGCGGAUGGUUAUCACCUGAAUGUCAAAUUAUACGAGAAACUACUUCUCAGUGUUUUUGAUGUUUUAGAUGAGGGAAAGCUUACAGAGGAAGUUGAAGAAAUUUUGGAGCUUCUUAAGUCUACGUGGCGUAUUUUGGGAAUCACCGAAACCAUCCACUACACUUGCUAUGCUUGGGUGUUAUUUCGACAGUUUGUCAUCACAGGGGAGCAAAGGAUCUUGCAAUAUGUCAUUGAACAGUUGAAGAAAAUACCAUUAAAGGAACAAAGGGGACCACAAGAGAGAAUGCACUUGAAGAGUUUGCAUUCUAGAGUUGAAAUUGAAAAGGGAUUUCAAGAGUUGACUUUCUUGCAGUCUUUCUUGUUGCCUAUAUCAAAAUGGGCUGAUAAGCAGUUGGGCGACUACCAUCUCAAUUAUGCUGAGGGGUCAGCAAUGAUGGAAAACACUGUGGCAGUUGCUAUGCUUGUUCGAAGGCUUCUUUUAGAAGAACCUGAAACGGCAAUGGAAUAUGCAACAAUAUCAGAUACAGAGCAGAUAGAGUUCUAUGUGACAUCUUCAAUCAAAAAUGCGUUUACAAGGAUGAUACAAGAUGUUGAGGCAAUAGCUCAUGCAACAAAUGAACAUCCUCUAGCAUUGCUUGCAGAACACACAAAGAAACUCUUGCAAAGAGAUAAUGCUAUUUACAUGCCUAUAUUAUCUCAAAGGCAUCGUAAAGCUGCUGCUGUUUCUGCAUCCAUACUUCACAAGCUUUAUGGUAUCAAAUUGAGACCAUUCCUUGAAAAUGCGGAACAUCUGACUGAGGAUACUAUAGCUGUCUUUCCUGCUGCUGACAGUCUUGAGCAGUAUAUAAUGCAAGUUAUCGUAUCUACUUGUGCUGAUGGAACUUCAGAUGCUUACUGCAGAAAGUUAAAUUUGUUCAAGAUUGAAACUGUAUCUGGGACAUUGGUACUACGAUGGGUGAAUUCACAACUUGCAAGGAUUUUGAAUUGGGUUGACCGGGCUAUUCAGCAGGAGCGGUGGACACCGGUUUCCCCUCAACAAAGGCAUGGAAGUUCAAUUGUUGAAGUCUACAGGAUUGUGGAAGAGGUUCAAAAAUUAUACUCUGUUCUUUGCAUCUAUCUGCAAGAUGAAGUUNAACUGGGUAGCCUCUUUCGCGGCAUUGAUAAUGCAUUUCAAGUAUAUGCAAAGACCAUUUUAGACAAGAUUGCUAAUAAGGAAGAUGUUGUUCCACCUGUGCCUAUUCUGACAAGAUACUCAAGGGAACAUGGAAUUAAGGCAUUUGUAAAGAAGGAGUUGAAGGAUACAAGGAUACCGGAUGUCCUGAAGUCUGUUGAAAUUGACAUAGUGGCCACAUCAACGCUUUGUGUUCAGUUGAAUAGCCUUCAUUAUGCUAUUAGCCAACUGAAUAAAUUGGAAGACAGCAUUUGGGAGCGGUGGACGAGGAAAAAGCAUCACGAUAAAUCGAUAAAGAGCCCAGCUGAAGAGACUGCAAGAAAUUUACAGAAGGACUCAUUUGAUGGAAGCAGAAAGGAUAUUAAUGCCGCAAUUGACAGAAUGUGUGAAUUUACUGGAACAAAAAUCAUUUUCUGGGACUUAAGAGAACCAUUCAUUGAGAAUCUCUAUAAACCCAGUGUUUCUCAGUCUAGGUUGGAAUCAGUAAUGGAUCCACUUGAUAUGGUUCUUAAUCAACUUUGUGAUGUGAUAAUGGAGCCACUCCGUGAUCGUGUUGUGACAGGACUGCUUCAAGCAUCACUGGAUGGCCUACUCAGAGUCAUAUUAGAUGGAGGACCAUCACGUGUAUUCUCCCUGGGUGAUGCUAAGCUAUUGGAGGAGGAUCUAGAGAUCUUGAAGGAAUUCUUCAUUUCGGGUGGGGACGGGCUACCUCGUGGAGUAGUUGAAAAUCAAGUUGCACGUGUUCGGCAGGUGGUAAAGCUGCAUGGUUAUGAGACCAGGGAAAUAAUAGAAGACUUGAGAUCCGCAAGUGAGUUAGAAAUGCAGGGCGGAAGAGGCAAGUUAGGUGCUGAUACCAAGACCCUACUUAGGAUUCUGUGUCAUCGAGGAGAGUCAGAGGCCUCUCAGUUUGUCAAAAAGCAAUUCAAAAUCCCCAAAUCUGGAGCUUAGUGUACUUGAUCUGUAUACUUUUUAGUGGACCUGGCAAAAUCCUCCAUGAGAUUGUAAUAUAGGCACUGUCAAUUUUCUUUUACUUCUUAUUUUUUCAUGAUCUCAUUCGUCGAUGAGAACAAUCUGCUGCGGCAGAGUUUUUUCUUUAAGGCAUAUACUUAAAGCAUAGCUUCUUUUCUUUUUGUUCUGUCCAUGUAUAUGUUUGGUGUGCAUUUUUUUGCCAUCUUAAAACCUGUUUUGGAGGCAUGUAUAUGUAUAAUUUCUCCUUUCGUGGGAGAAUACAUUUGUACUUCUAUUUCUAAGAUUUUGAAAUUGAGUUCUA